CUCUGUUCUGCAUGUGAGUUCUAGCAUUUUCAACUUCUUCUCAGGGCGGCGACACUGGAAAUGGGUCAAGGCCAGGAAGUCAAGACCAGAAAUGAUCCCCAAGUCGAGAUUCAGGAAAGAGGGGAGAUCUUCUUCUUCUAUAGGCCCAAGGUGGAGAGAGAAGCGGCUCACAGCGCCGAUGACGUGCAGCGCCUUUACAUUGUCCUCCGUCCUGGGUCCGGCAAGAGGCCCGUCGAGGAGAAGCAAGAUCCCCACUCCGGCAAGGAAGGCUUCAACCCCAGUUCCCGCGGCAAGGCCACAGUGGAAGGUGGCCACGGUAGCCAGGUAAUGAUGGUCGCAAGAACUGCGACCCAACAAAUUGUCUAUGAUCAGCUCGCAAUAUCACAGGCUCUUAUUGAAUGCCAAACGCAGGAAGUGAACAUCGAGAAGCAGGCACUGUUGAGGUUGAUAGUGUUGGGGAAGAAGAGUCUUCCGGACCCAAGACAGCGGGGCCGACCUUACUGGGGAUUUGUGGAGAUGGUCACCACCAAGAUCGGCGAUGUCAAGUCGGCCCUUCAAGCAGAGGAGUACGACACUUCCACGAGGGGACACCGCCACAAGCCGGCGGCCAGACCGUUGGGAGAGGGCGUGUACCGCAUACUUAGACACAAAUCGAGCGGGAGGAAGGCGCAUACGCAUCUCAUAUACAAGCUCGAAUUCCCUCCAGAAGGUGAGAAGCAGGAGACCCAGGAGUCGCUCAACGUGGAAAGAGAAGGAUCCUUCCUCAUUCAGAUCAAGAACCCCGACCAGCAUGGGGCCGGCCCUUCCCAGUUCGGGGGACUCCAGAGCAAGCGCAAGGUGGUGUUCCCCGCCUGCCUGCAGGGACAGUUCGGGCAGCGGAGGUUCAUCCAGGCCGAUCCGCCUGACUUCCUGAACUACGAAGGGUGCGAGUUGCUGCUGAUAUCGGCAUCGGACGACAUAGAGGAGGAGCUGGGGUUAGAGCUCAAAGGGGAAUGUGAGGGCGAUCCCUCCUGUUCCGAUCUGCUCAAGACGUUCGGGGAAACUGCACCCAUGGAUCCCCUCUUCAGGGGCACGUGGGCCUGAACUUCAACCUUUUUGACACUUUUGGUCUGUGUUUAAUCAGGAAACCCUCGUUUCGUGUUACAACUUCAGUUGAGUAUGUGUAAUAUAUUUGAUUUUUGAUCCCCCCAAGGCUAAUCUUGCAAUUUAAUUUAUUUCAUCAGACCAAAUGGCUCUAAACAUACUCGGAAAUGAAAGGGUGAUUCCACGGCCUAAGUGGUGGAAUGGCAGUUCUAUGGAGAUU